CACGACAGCAGAGGAGUUGACAGGCAGUAUGGUUUUUGAUAAUAAGGGUUGUAGGCAGCCAUUUCUGGAAUAAUUUAGAUCUGAUAUCUGCAUUUUUUAUGGAUGUAGGCCAGACCGGUGGCGAUGGAUGCUCUGAAACCUUUGAACAUCUUCCUCCAUUGAAUGCAAAGAAUCAUCAGUGCAUCAGUGUGGUGUGCUGAAGUCUGACUGACCUGAAGCAGGCAUUGAUGGUAAUAUCAUAAAAAGCAAGAACCUCCGCGAUAGCAUCACGACAACAUUUGCGAUGCCCAUGUGCCAAAUCUGUGAAGGAAAAUCUCCUGGGGGUCAUCCACCCUGGGCUUUUGGUUCACAGAGCUUCUUGAGAGAAACAAACUGUUCCACAGCCAGGUGAUUAAAGGAAGGCCCAAAACAUUCUAGAUCACAGGAUUCUUCAACAUUCGGGGCUUCCUAAUAGUUAUGAGAUAAGAAGUAAAAAGAGCAAACAAAGGCUGGGCACUGGACACGAUCACUGCACAACAAAGUGCUAAAGCAAACAAGGGAGGAGUUCAAAGCCCCAGCAAAACUUUAUGUCUGUCCCAUCUAUGAGAAACCAAGGCGCACCCACCUGAAUUACUUCCCAGCAGUGGUGUUGCCAACCGUCCAGCUGCCUGAUCACUGGAUCUUGCGUGGGAUUGCCCUGCUUUGUGACAUCAAAAGAUAUUUAUACAGAAUACUCACAACACCUGAGAGCCAAAGAACUCAGAAAAUGGGUGACACCGCCAAACUACCCGAUACGCCACUCACAUCUGCACCCAAAAGCAGGCAGCCAAUGGCAGAAGAAGAAUAGGAAAAUGUGUCUACCCCCACGAGGUGAUGAGUGCAAUGUCAGAGAGAUGCCACUGACAUCGCCCAGAGCUCAGUGCAGCUGUGAGGAGGAUACAAUUUCUCCAUCAGCAUCCAUCCAGUGCAGCAGUAAUCUGAAAGACUUAUUGAGCCCAGACCCAGAGCAAGGCACGAGUGUCAAACCUGCAGAUGUAAACAUUGAUGACCCUCUGUCUGCUCGCGCAGAUUUAAGGAGGAAGAGGAGCAAUUACAGAGACGCUUUCGAUACGGCAAAGAGGAAGCCUUCCUUGUUACAGUAGGGAGCUGAAGCCCGUCCUCCCUGGCUGAGGAUGGGUACAGCAGAAGUCACUUUACGCAUGGACAGCAUGGAGGUGAAGGACGAGUGGCAGGAUGAGGACUUCCCCAGGCCACUUCCAGAGGAUGGAGAUUCCCUAUGUGGCCUCACUGACAACAGAACCAAUCCUCCCACCACUCUGAACGUUGGCGAGUCCAUCGCCCAGCGUAAGCGCCGUACUCUGGUCGCGCCUGACAUGAACCUUUCCCUGGAUCAGAGUGAGGGCUCUGUGCUCUCUGACGACUUCCUGGAAACACCCGACGACCUGGACAUCAACGUAGAUGACAUUGAGACUCCUGACGAGACGGACUCGCUGGAGUUCAUCAACAAUGGAAACGAGCUGGAGUGGGAAGACGACACUCCUGUGGCCACUGCCAAGCGUCUUCCAGGUGAAGGUGAAGAGGAGAGAGAUUCAUCUGGUCGUCUGUGGCGAACUGUGAUCAUUGGUGACCAGGAGCAGAGGAUUGACAUGCAGGUCAUCAGACCCUACCUGAGGGUGGUCACACACGGAGGUUAUUACGGUGAAGGUCUGAAUGCCAUCAUCGUGUUUGCAGCCUGCUACCUUCCUGACAGUGGCUGUGAGGACUACACGUACAUCAUGGAGAAUCUCUUCCUGUACGUUGUGAGCAGCCUGGAGCUGCUGGUGGCAGAGGAUUACAUGAUCAUUUACCUGAACGGAGCUACUCCUCGCAGGAAGAUGCCUGGCAUCAGCUGGCUGAAGAGAUGCUACCAGAUGAUUGACAGGAAACUGAGGAAGAAUCUGAAGUGUCUCAUCAUCGCUCACCCAACAUGGUUCAUCAGGACCGUCCUGGCCAUCUCAAGACCAUUCAUCAGCGUAAAGUUCAUGGAUAAGAUCCGUUACGUUCACACCCUGAAUGAACUCAGCCAGAUCAUCCCCAUGGAGCAUGUGCAGAUCCCUGAGUGUGUGUUGCAGUAUGAUGACGAGAAGCUAAGAGCACAAAGGGAGAGACUUGAGCAAGAGCAGAACCAGACCAACUCAGCACUGCCUAAAGAAAGACCGAAGUCGAUGAUAGCAGAUGUUGGCCGGGACAUCUGACAUUAAGAGCUUUACAUUGAGGAACCACGGGGAGCAUUCUUUCAGUAAAAUGGGAACCAGCCUACACCAACAUCACGCACUUGCUCACAGGAUUAAAUCUCUUAAUGGAUCCAUUCCCUGCAAGACAAUCAUUUCUCAGAUGCAUUACUGUCAGCGUCAUGCCUGCUUCGUACUUAAAGUUAACUUAAACCAAAGCAUAACAAGACAAAGCUAAAUCAAAACAGUAUCAGCUCCCUGCAUGUCAAGUUGAGCUUUAUCUACAGCAUGACUUUACAUACAUGACAAAUUAAGGACUUGAAGACACAAGCAUCAUCCGAUCAUUACCAGCUCUACAGUGUACAUACUUGUAUAGAUUUAUUUUUGAGAGGUGUCUGCAUAUGUUUGGUUUUUGAUAUGAAUGGCAUGGGUGUCGUUCGGUCACAUGAAAAAUAAUGUGCAAUGAUAUUGUUCUUCUUCAACCUCAUUAGAUGUUACCGAUGCAAACGUGUGUAAACAGUUUUCAGAGUUCAAUAUGCAGUUGGCAUGCUUGUUUAUAUCCUUCUGUCUCUGUCUGAGUUUUUAACUUGUUUGCCAUUAUGUUUCAAAAGGUACUUUUACAAGUUGGAAAAGCUACAGUUGUUAUAAAAGAAAUAUAUUUAAGGAGAGAGUCAAAAUAAAUGCUGAAAGUAUUAUUUAUGAAAAUGUGCCAUUUACUGUUUGUAAAAAAAUAAACCAGUGAACUACAA